UUUAGUGAAGUUUGGUAUUUAAUAUUUAUAAUAAGGUGAUCAAGAUGGCUAAGUUUUUCCAAUCAACUAAGGCUGACGGCUCUGAUUCACUUACAGACUUUUGUUGUUCUCCAUGUCUAGAGCACAAAAUUGACAAGUUUGCGGAGUUUUACUGUGAUAAGUGUCUCAAGUUUUUUUGUGCAAAAUGUAUUCAAAUGCAUGGUCAAUUGUUUAGCAAACAUGUGACGUAUGGGAGAGGAGACUCAGCUAAGUGGCCAUUGCCCAAGGUAGUGGAGGAUUUUCUUCAACAAUGCGAAUUUCACGAAGAAAAAAAUCUUGAAAUGUUUUGUAAUGAACACGAGCAGUUGUGCUGCACUAAUUGUGUUGUCCUCAAUCACAGACAUUGUGCUAAGGUAACACUGAUUUCCGAGUCAGCCGAAGGACCUUCGCCAGACUUGCGCCAACUUUCUAAAACGAUUAAAACUAUUCUUGUAAAACUCAAGAAACUUCAGAAUAAGUGGGACACGAACAUGGAGUCUUUGCAGGCUUCAUACAACAAACAAUUACAUAAAAUACAUGACACGCGCCAGAAAAUAAAUACAAUUUUAGACGAGAUCGAAAAAAACACCGUCAAAGAGCUGGAUGAUAAGAUGACAAUUCUGAAAGCAUCUAUCAAGACUGAUGUGGACAAUUGCAGCAAGGUUAACAAUGAACUAAAUCGACUCAGUGAUGCAAUGCAUGACAUUCUUGAUAAAGGAAAAGUUGAACUCUUAUUUAUUGCUAGUAAGAAAUGUCUCGAAAAAGUUAAGCAGUCCGAAACAUAUUUGAAGGAGAACUCUGUAAAGGUAGAAAGUUCACUAUCAUUCAAGGCAAACAGCGAUGUUCAACGAUACUUGUCUAAACUGUCAGGUCUGGGGAGGAUUGUGCUGAGUUCCCAGCCAUUAUCAGUGAAGGGUAACCCAGACCUGGUAUUCACUGUGCAAGGAAAGUCUGAGUAUGAUAUGAGAAUACUAAGUGACUAUUGGAAGUUCAUGAAGAGCUUCUUUAGUAUCGGCCAUAGUAUCACUGCCAUCUGUGAUCUCCCGAAUGAUCAGAUUCUUGUUGCAGAUCAUUCAUAUGAACGAAUUAAGCUACUCAAUCACCAAUACCAGGUGUUGGUCUGUGGCACUUGGUCCUGCAAUAUCAUACAGCUAGAUGGUGAAGGCAGGAAACAGCUCGCAACUAUUGUCCCCAAGAGUGAUGGCUUUGAGGGCCCAUGGAUAUUCGUCACUCAGCCAAGGCAGAAGACGGUCCUCACCCUGGCCAGAGAUGGCAAAGUUCUCCAUAUCUUCAAACACCCAGACCUCAAAGAACCAAGUGGAAUACAUUUGAGGUGA